GGCGGGGAGCCCCGAGUUGAGGGUCCCGCACGGGCGGGGCGGGCAUGGCCUUCCGGGGCGGCGGGCGCGGCGGCUUCCACCGCGGCGGCGGCAACAACCACUUCCGAGGCGGCGGCGGCGGCGGCAACUUCCGAGGCGGCGGCGGCUUCCGAGGCGGUGGUGGUGGCCGGGGCGGCUUCGGCAGGGGCGGCGGGCGCGGAGGCUUCGCCAAGGGCCAGGACUUUGGGCCCCCCGAGCACGUUGUCGUAUUGGGGGAGUUCCUGCAUCCCUGUGAAGACGACAUCGUGUGUAAGUGUACCACGGAAGAAAACAAGGUGCCUUACUUCAACGCUCCGGUGUACUUGGAAAACAAGGAACAAAUUGGCAAAGUGGAUGAGAUAUUCGGACAGCUCAGAGACUUUUAUUUUUCAGUCAAAUUGUCAGAAAAUAUGAAGGCAUCUUCAUUUAAAAAACUACAGAAGUUCUACAUAGACCCCUACAAGCUGCUGCCCUUGCAGAGGUUCCUGCCCCGGCCUCCAGGGGAGAAGGGGCCUCCCCGAGGGGGUGGCAGAGGAGGAGCUCGAGGCGGCGGUGGAGGCAGAGGCGGCAGAGGUGGGCGAGGAGGAGGUGGUUUCCGAGGAGGCCGAGGAGGAGGAGGCUUCAGAGGAGGACGGGGGGGUGGUGGUUUUAGAGGGAGAGGACAUUAGCGUCUUCCCAGCCAGCACAGUCUUCUGUGGGUUGGAAGCUUGUUUCCUGGUCAAGUCUUGAAGGGUCAUUUAUGACACGAGUGAAAUGGCAGCUGCAAGCAGAGACAAGCGUCAGGCGAUGUCAGACCUCAAAGGCAAAUAUGAGCUUUGCAGGAUGCGAGGCCUGGACACUGGGUGUUUAUAAGUGGACACUUCAUUUGAAGCAUAGUUGAAUUUUUUUAAUAAAAUGUUUUAUUCCUUUG